AGUAAAUACUGACCCCGAUUCUCUACCGCCCUAACGUAGCUACUUGGGUUAAGCUAACUUGCUGUUUUGCAACACAAAUAAUUGUGAUUUAGUGUUCUUACAGAUGGAGAUACCUAGUAGCAUAGCUAAUGCUGGUUAAAUAACUAGGUACCUAAUUCGCUAGCUAGCAGUGGAACUUUUGGUCAGCUAAAUUAGCUUAGCUAGCUAAACUGGCUAAGACACAAAUGAUGAAAGCACAGCCCAGCAAUCAAGGCAACUGACGUUAUCGCAGGCAAAUGAAAGUGCUCGGAUUACAAAUACAACUUAGUGGGCCAGAUUCGUUCUGUUGCUGUUGUUGUGUGUGAAUCAACAGAGCAGGUCGAGACGCCGAGGGAGAAAGCAGAGCGGGAUCUAUCUGGCUCCACUAAAACGUACAAAGACAACUUGUAGUAUGUAGACAGCUGUCUUGGCCAGCUGGCGAUUACUAUUUCUGGGUAUUUUUGCUUUACGAGGUCACAGGUACAAUGGGGAGUUGGGAGGUUUUUUCUUAAGAUAGCUACGUUAAUAAUGUUUUGACCAAGUAACGUACAGCGUAUCCUGUCAACCUCGGCAUGUCUUUCAUUUACUGGAUGAAUUGAUGGGGCUUUUAAGGGUCAUAAUGCCGUCUAAGUAUCAGCUCCUGGCGCUGUUGGCCUUUGCGAUUGCAACGGUCUUCUUGGAGAAUCAAAUUCAGAAGCUUGAGAAGUCGCGAGGAAAGCUAGAGCGUGCCAUCGCCAGACAUGAGGUGCGUGAGAUCGAGGAGCGGCACAGCCAUGUAGGGGCCCAUGGGGCCGCCGCCGAGGAGGACGUGGUGGUCAUCUACAACCGCGUGCCCAAAACUGCCAGCACCUCCUUCACCAACAUCGCCUAUGACUUGUGCAGCAGGAACCACUACCAUGUCCUCCACAUCAACACGAGCAAAAACAACCCAGUCAUGUCCCUGCAGGACCAGGUGCGGUUUGUUAAAAAUGUCACGUCGUGGAAGGAGAUGAAGCCUGCUUUCUACCACGGACAUGUCUCCUUCCUCGACUUCACCAAAUUUGGGGUGACAAGAAAUCCCAUUUACAUCAAUAUAGUGAGAGACCCCGUUGAGCGCCUGGUGUCCUACUACUACUUCCUCCGCUUCGGAGAUGACUACAGGCCAGGCCUGCGGCGUAGAAAACAGGGCGACAAGAAGACCUUUGAUGAGUGUGUUGCUGCAGGAGGUUCUGACUGCGCCCCUGAGAAACUUUGGCUCCAAAUUCCCUUCUUCUGUGGUCAUUACUCUGAGUGCUGGAACAUUGGCAGCCACUGGGCACUGGAGCAGGCCAAGUAUAACCUGGUUAAUGAGUACAUGCUGGUUGGAGUCACAGAGGAGCUAGAAGACUUUGUCAUGAUGCUUGAGGCAGCACUUCCACGUUUCUUCAAAGGAGCCACAGAGCUCUACAGAACAGGGAAGAAAUCUCACCUGAGGAAAACCAGCGAGAAGAAGCCGCCCACUAAAGAGUCCAUUGCCCGGCUACAGCAGUCUGCCAUCUGGAAGAUGGAGAAUGAGUUUUAUGAAUUUGCUCUUGAGCAGUUCCAAUUUGUCCGUGCCCACGCAGUAAGGGAAAAGGAUGGAGAACUUUACCUUCUGGCACAGAACUUCUUCUAUGAGAAGAUCUACCCAAAAGCCACCUGAGAUGGAAAAGCUGUACCCAGGAGUCACAUACUGUUGUCAUAUUCACUGGAGAUGGGGGGCUUAGUUGCCCCACCUGGAUUUGUCCUUUCCACCUUGAAAAUAAAGGUGUCUAUGUGGGGGCAAGUGUUAUGUAGCAUGGAGUUUUUGAGCCGAAUACAUCCUAAAGGUUCUGCCUCAGAUGUAUGUUUGUUAAACAUAAGUUCUAAAGAUAUUCAAAUCAUAGCUCUCCAGGUUCAGACAAUACAGAUUUUUCACCUUCCCCUUACUUUGCUGUCAGGUUUUGUAGCAUAGUGGCCAAUCAGUUGCAUUAGUGGCUUACUUGACUAACCAGUGGUUUAAAAACCCAGGACCAGAUUUGGAUUUAAGGUCCAGAUUUGAGUAACUCUGAUCUAAUACUUGGAGGCUUAUCAGUGGAUGUUGGUUCUUAUCAUGUACCACAGUACAUCAUUUGGUCAAAGGAAUAUUCCACCAAGAAAAGUAGAUAAUAGUGAAGGACAACUAGCAGAAGCCAGCAGUGUAAUGCUAAUGACUAGCUAGCACCAAGAUAAUUCGGUGUUUGCCAUGGUAGCAUUUUUAGGUUUUUACUUGAGGACUGAGCUCAGGGUUAGAGGAAACACCUGCUGCCACUGCAGCCCUCACCUAGGACCAGAGCUUGAAACUGACCUCCAGGCCACCAAGAUUAUUGUUAAUGCCCUCUCCCAAAAACCUCGACCCCACUUCACCUGCCAGGUGGUCUUAAUUUUUGUAAGAAGUGUUGUUGGAUGGUAGAUAGGUUUCUUAUAUUAAGCUGACCCUUACAUGAGCUAAUUAGAGAUUUUCCACCCAAGUGGGCUGUUCCUUAUGACUGGGCAAUUUAAGAAUAUUGUUCUGAAAUGACUGACUGUUCCACAAGAUCUUUGUUAAUUGAUUUUACUACAUGUAUUUGUUGUUUUUUCCAUUGUACUUUAUGCUGAGUGGUUGUUUUUUUUUUUUUUUUUUUUUUUUUUUUUUUACCUCUCUAAUUUGUAUUUUUUUAAAGUGCAAAAGACUACUCAUGACUACUAGCCUGCCAUCUACAGUGUGCAGGAAAAUUUGUUUAAGCAGUUUGAUGAAGUUUUGUGCAGUAAAGCAUUUACUGGAGGCGGUGAUGCACAGCACAAAAUUUGUUGUUAUUGCACAAUGCACAAUACAGGUUACCCAAUAUUCUUUGUAAAAAAAAAAUGUAAAAAUUAAAAAUGCAGCUUUUUUCUGCCCGCAGUCCUAGGAGACUUCUACACUGUGCUCAUGCGCUGUGUUCUCCCAGCCUUGCAACACACUAUUCAACUGAAAGGUAACAAAAGUCCUGCCAAAACACUGGGUUGUGAAGUGACUGAACUAAAAUUUAUAUGAUUACAGAAAUGUCUGAGUGUGUGAGAAUAUUGGUUAUUUUUUAAGGAUUUUGACCAAAUGUCCUUUUAAAAUUAGAUGUGUAUAAAUUAUUUCCACCAUGAAGUUCAGUCUCUGGAAAAAACUGUUUUUGAAUGUUUACUGUUAAAGGUACAAUCAGGGGGUGGGAGGUAUUUUUUUCCUCCCAUGCCUACAUGGUAGAUUUGCAUAAUCCUUGAAAUGUUAUUUUAGGCAUGCAGUUCAAUCUUAAAAGUUCACUUUCAAGGUGCGAUUAUUUAACUGCUUGGUGAUUUAAAUUUGGGCAUUCAAUGUAAGACCCUAAUCCAUGACUUUGCUUUUCUGAAUUUGUGCCUUUGUGAAAUGCAAAGAACUGUUAUAACAACCACUGCUUUACUAUAUUUAAAUGCUUACUUCAAUAUUAUUUUAGAUUUAUCAUGUGAUUAGAGUGAGAAGGUUCAAUGGUACUGAUGACAUUUAUCAAUGCGUUCAACAAAGUCUUUCAUUAAAGCAUUUUUAUUCUACUGUAGCUUUAUUAUAAUAAUUAUUAUUAUUAUUAUUAAUAAUAAUAAUAAUAAUAAUAAUAAUAAAUAUAUCACUAACAUUUCAUCUGAGCUAAGGCUUAGAUAUUUUCAGGAUUCCUGCACAGCUACAGCUGUUGUUAAAUUCAUAAAGUCCAAAGGCAGCAAGCAUGCAGACAUAAUGUUUUAGUGCCUAUUGUAGUUUUAUAGUAGUUUAACUAGUUUUGUGUUGCAUUAUAAAGUAUACUAUAAAAGUAUGAGUCUUAAUACAUGCCUGAACCUUGAUGGUAAAUGUGAGUGUCUCACAGAUCAUUGUCAAAACCAUUUUCUUAAUAUCAUGCCAGGGAUGAUGAUGAUAAAUAAUAUAUAAUUAAUUUACUCAUUUAACUCUUUUUGUAUUCCCUCUGGUGUGUCUCAGUAAAUGGGUUCACAGAAAAACAGGAAUGGAUACUGGGUGGCCUUUCAGAGAUAAUUUUUCCAGUUAGUGCUGUAAUAAAAGGCAUUUGGAGCCAUCUCAUGUUAAUUGUCAGUGCUUUUGUGAGGGCUGAAGCAUCUCCCUCAGAGCUAAAUAGUUCAUUCAGCCUUCACUGCAAAACAUUAACAGGCUCUUGAAACAAACCCUUUGUGUGUUUUUAUAAAGAAUUAAGCCUCACAUAAAUAUUUAAUGAAUAUGUUGACUGUUUAACAUAGUUAAUGAGGGAAAGUUGAAAGGAAAAUGAAACAAGAUACUUUCUUCUCUAGCAUUCUAAAAAGUUAGCACAUCUAUGGAUCCUGUCAGCCUCGUCACAGCAGUAUAUCAGUAACGCUUGUGGAGAAGUGGCAUGAAGUAGAUCUACAAAUGUUAGGCAUUUCUUAAGAAAUAACACAAAAAAAACAGCUGUAUGAUCAAAGUUUGAAAGUGACAGUUGGACAGUUCUUAAACUAUUUAAUUCAUGCAACAAAUGUUAUAUACCAGUACAAGAAUUGCAGUGUGACUUUUUCAUUUAUCCUGAACAUGGAUAUAUGCACAAUAAAUGUUCAAAAUACUGAAGUUUGUGAAUAGAUCCACAAAUUGGAGCAUUAAGUUUAAUAUAUGAAUUAUGGGAUGCAACUGUCUAAGUAUGCAUUUUUCUGUUUAUUGUAGUAGAAAGGCUUAUGUUACUGUUGUAUGUCUACACUUAACACAACUUACUGUUGUAUGUCUACACUCAACCAUUUCACUGCGAGUUAUACUGUGUAUGACUAUGUAUGUGACAAAUAAACCAAAUUUGAACACUUA